AACCCAAUGCUGGCGGCGGGGAGAGGUGCAGGCUGCAGCAACUGGCUCUGCGAUGGGGCGCCUGUGGCUCCUGGAAACUUGGGGCCUCUGCGGGCUGCUUCUGUGCGCAGCGGAUCUUCGCACAGAGAGUUCUAAAACAAUCCCCAGAGUUACAGAAGUAAUGCCUAAAUAUGGAAGUAUAAAUGGAGCAACAAGGUUAACUAUCAAAGGAGAAGGUUUUUCUCAAGCAAACCAGUUUAGCUAUGGAGUUGAUAACACUGAGUUGGGAAACAGUGUGCAAUUAGUUUCUUCUUUCCAGUCAAUUACUUGUGAUGUAGAAAAAGAUUCAAGCCAUUCAACUCAAAUUACAUGCUAUACUAGAGCAAUGCCAGAAGAUUCCUACAUUGUGAGAGUCAGUGUGGACGGGGUUCCUAUCGCAGAGAAUCGCACCUGCCGUGGUCACAGUGGCAGCUGGGCAUGCAGCUUCAAUACAAAAAGUUUCAGAACCCCAACAAUAAGGAACAUCACACCUUUAUCUGGAACUCCAGGUACAUUAAUAACAAUCCAAGGAAGAAUCUUUACUGAUGUCUAUGGGAGCAAUACUGCUGUAAGCUCAAAUGGGAGAAAUGUCAGGAUUUUGAGAGUUUAUAUUGGAGGAAUGCCCUGUGAGCUUCUUAUACCACAAUCUGAUGAUUUGUAUGGACUCAAGCUAGAUCAUCCAAGUGGAGACAUGGGUUCUAUGAUUUGUAAAAUAACAGGAACUUACAUUGGUCAUCACAAUGUCAGCUUCAUCUUAGAUAGUGAUUAUGGAAGGAGUUUCCCAGAGAAAAUGACAUAUUUUGUUUCAUCCCUCAAUAAAAUUUCCAUGUUUCAAACAUAUGCAGAAAUCACUUCAAUUUCACCCUCCAAAGGAAGCAUUCAAGGUGGCGCUGUGCUAACUAUAAAUGGACAGUUCUUUGAUCAGACGGAUCUGCCAGUGAAAGUUCUAGUUGGAGGUCAGUCCUGUGAUGUUCUCAAUGUUACAGAAAAUAGAAUAUAUUGCAAGACACCUCCCCUACCUCCAGUUCUCAAAAGUCUGUAUCCAGGAGGGAGAGGUCUAAAGCUUGAGGUGUGGAAUAACAGUCGGCCAGUGCAUCUUGAAGAAAUAUUUGAAUACAAUGAAGGCACUUUGGGAUACAUGGGAGCCACUUGGGUAGACUCUGCUUCCUAUGUUUGGCCUCUGGAGCAAGACACAUUUGUUGCACGUUUCAGUGGAUUUUUGGUGCCCCCAGAUUCUGACGUUUAUAGAUUCUACAUCAAAGGUGAUGACCGUUAUGCUAUUUAUUUCAGCCAGACUGGACUUCCAGAAGAUAAGGUAAGGAUUGCCUAUCAUUCUGCCAAUUCCAACAGUUAUUUUUCCAGUCCAUCCCAAAGAUCAGAUGAUAUUCAUCUUCACAAAGGAAAAGAGUAUUACAUUGAAAUCUUGCUUCAAGAACAUAGAUUGAGUGCUUUUGUUGAUGUUGGGCUAUACCAGUAUAAAACUGUCUAUUCUGAACAGCAAACAGGAGAUGCAGUAAACGAAGAACAAGUUAUCAAAUCCCAAUCAACAAUUAUCCAAGAAGUACAGGUCAUAACAUUGGAAAACUGGGAAACAACUAAUGGCACUCAUGAAGUUCAGAAGAUCACAGUAACCAGCCCUUGUGUGGAAGCUAAUUCAUGUUCACUUUACCAAUACAGACUAAUCUAUGGCAAAGAAAAAACUGUCUUGCUAGCUGCUGAUGCUUCUGACUUUAUAUUGCAAUCAGCUUUAAAUGACCUUUGGUCUAUAAAACCAGAUACAGUUCAAGUAAAAAGAACACAGAAUCUCCAGAGUUACAACUACAUAAUAACCUUCCUAUCAACUAGAGGAGACUUUGAUCUGCUUGGUUAUGAGUUGUUUGCUGAGAAUAAUGUCACUCUGGAUAUUAUAGAGCAAACCAAAGGCAAACCCAGUUUGGAGACAUUCACAUUAAAUUGGGAUGGGGUUGCUUCUAUGCCCCUUAACCCAAGAUCAUCCGAACUUGAAUUUCAGGUAGCAGUGGAAGAAAUGGUCAGCACUAAGUGUCCACCACAAAUUGCACAUUUGGAAGAAGGAUUUGUUGUAAAAUACUUCAGAGAUUAUGAAACUGAUUUUGAUUUGGAAUAUAUUAAUAGAGGGCAAAAGACAGCUGAAACUGAUGCUUAUUGUGGUCGUUACUCCCUGAAAAACCCAGCUGUUCUUUUUGACUCAGCAGAUGCUAAGCCAAAUAAGCUACCAUAUGGAGACAUUUUAUUAUUUCCUUAUAAUCAGUUAUGUUUAGCAUACAAAGGAUUCCUGGCAAACUAUAUUGGUCUAAAAUUCCACUACCAAGACAAUGGCAAGAUUACUAGAAGCACUGACAUGCAAUUUACAUAUAAUUUUGCCUAUGGAAACAACUGGACCUAUACUUGUAUAGACCUUCUGGAUCUCAUACAAGCCAAGCAUUCUGGAACAAGUUUUUCUCUUCAAAGGAUCAGUUUACAGAAAGCCUCUGAGUCACAGUCCUUCUAUGUUGAUGUAGUAUACAUUGGACAGACACCUACACUCUCAACAUUCAAUGAGAUGCCAAAGAGAAGACUUGCAGCAUUAGCAAAUAAAGGAAUAUUUUUAGAGCAUUUUCAGGUGAAUCAGACCAGAAUAAAUGGAUCAACUACGACAGUUCAAUAUUUUGUCACCAUGACUUCAUAUAAUUGCAGUUAUAAUAUACCUAUGAUGGCAGUGAACUUUGGGCAGAAAAUCACAAAUGAGAUUGAGGCCGAGUCUGUCUACAGAGGAAUUAACUGGCCAGGAGAAUCAAAGAUUCGUAUUCAACGGAUCCAAGAGGCUUCUCCACCUAUAAGUGGCAGUUUUGACAUUCAAGCUUAUGGACAUACCCUCAAAGGCAUCCCUGCUGCAGUGUCAGCUGCAGAUUUGCAGUUUGCUCUCCAGAGCCUGAAAGAAGUGGGGAGAGUCUCUGUUACCCGAGAGGGAACCUGCGCUGGGUACACUUGGAAUAUCAAAUGGAGAAGCACAUGCGGAAAGCAGAAUCUCCUACAGAUUAAUGAUUCCAACAUUACUGGAGUAAAAGCAAAUAUCACAGUUGCAAAGAUAAAGGAAGGUGGCUUAUUGAGACAACACAUACUUGGGGAUCUUCUUCAUGUACCCAGUCAACAACCUCAGGUUGAAGUCUAUGUCAAUGGAAUUCCAGCCAAAUGUUCGGGUGACUGUGGGUUUACAUGGGAUCCCAUGACUACUCCCUUAGUUUUGGCUACAAGACCUUCCCAAGGCUCCUUUGAAGAAAGCACCAUUUUGACCAUCUUAGGCUCUGGGUUUUCUCCUAGCUCAGCUGUAUCAGUCUCUGUUGGACCCACGUGUUGCUCUAUUCUUUCUGUGAAUGAAAAUGAGAUCACAUGCCAGAUUCGGAAUGGAAGUGCUGGACGUGUACCAGUGAUUGUGUCCAUAGCUGAUGCAGGUCUGGCACAACAUGCAGAAGGUGAAGGAUUCUACUUCAUCUAUCAAAGCCAGAUCUCACACAUUUGGCCUGAUUCAGGAAGUCUGGCAGGUGGCACUCUACUGACUAUAUCUGGAUUUGGCUUUAGUGAAAGUUCAGAGGUGUUAGUUGGAAAUGAAACCUGCAAAGUGAUUGAAGGGGAUACGAAUAGGAUAACCUGCAGAACACCGAAGAGAACUGAGGGUACAGUUGAUAUUUCAGUUACUACCAAUGGAAUUCAAGCUACAGCAAAGGAUGUUUUUAGUUACAGUUGCUUACAGACUCCAGUUAUAACUGAUUUUAAUCCAAAAGUACGAACAAUUUUAGGAGACGUCAACUUAACAAUUAAGGGUUAUAACUUUGGCAAUGAACUUGCACAAAACAUGGUGGUACAUGUUGGAGGAAAAACCUGCCAGAUUCUUAGCUGGAAUGUCACAGGUAUUCAAUGCCGUUUGCCCUUGUUGCCUCCUGGAAAACAUGACAUUUAUGUUGAAGUCAGAACCUGGGGUUUUGCAUCAACAAGAGACAAGUCAAAUGCUUCAAUUCAGUAUAUUUUGGAAGUGACUCACAUGUUUCCACAGAGAGGUUCCUUGUAUGGUGGGACAGAAAUUACUGUAAAGGGUUUUGGGUUCAGCACAAUACCAACUGAGAAUACUGUCCUUUUAGGUACUUUCCCUUGUAAUGUUACAUCAUCAUCAGAAAGUAUCAUAAGGUGUACUCUCCAUUCAACAGGGAACGUAUUCAGAAUUACCAACAAUGGGGAUAAUUUAGAACAUGGAUUCGGUUAUGCCUGGUCACCAUCAGUCUUAAAUGUGUCUGUGGGAGACACGGUGAUUUGGUAUUGGCAAGCACAUCCAUUUCUCAAGGGAAUAGGAUACAGAGUUUUCUCAGUCUCUAGUCCUGGAAGUGUAAUUUAUGAUGGCAAAGGAUUUACUAAUGGAAGGCAAAAAUCUCAAUCAGGUUCAUUUUCUUACCGGUUUACUUCUCCUGGAACCCAUUAUUAUAGCAGUGGGUAUAUUGAGGAGUCACACUCUAUUUCUCUCCAAGGAGUCAUUAACGUUUUACCAGCUGAAACCAGGCACCUUCCCCUGCAGCUAUUUGUGGGUGGCAUGGAAGCCACAUAUGCUCAAGGAGAACCUGAGAACUUGCACUUGGGAAGCUCUGUGGCAGGCUGCUUAGCAACAGAUCCUCUGUGUGGCCUGAAUAAUACCAUGGCUGAAAAUUCCAGUAGAUUGCUCUUUGAGCUUUCAAGUUGUAUGUCACCAUGUAUAAGUAACAUUACUCCUUCCUCAGGAACAGCAAAUGAACUGAUAACCAUUAUUGGACAUGGCUUCAGUAAUCUCACAUGUGCUAAUAAGGUUACAAUUGGUAGCUACCCCUGUAUUGUAAAAGAAAGUAAUAACACUUCUAUUAUUUGCCAUAUUGACCCUCAAAAUUCCAUGGAUGUUGGCAUCAGAGAACUUGUCACUUUGAUUGUCUACAAUCUGGGCACUGCUAUCAACACACUGUUCAAUGAAUUUGAUAGGCGAUUUGUGCUUUUGCCAAAUAUUGACACGGUGUUGCCAAAUGAAGGAUCAACUACAGGAAUGACAAGAGUAACUAUAUACGGCUCUGGAUUCACAGGUUCUUCCGAAGGUGUAGAAGUCUUUAUGGGGCGUUUUCCAUGUAAAGUUCUAACUGUGAACUAUACAGCCAUUGAAUGUGUCACCCCGGCUUCUGAACAAAGUGUGCAUGUAGAUGUUCUAAUACAUGGAGAGCCUGCUCGAUGUCAGGGGACCUGCAGUUUCUCAUAUUUAGAAAGCCUCACUCCUUAUAUAACAGGAGUCUUCCCAGACUCGAUCGUAGGUUCUGCAAAAGUCCUUGUUGAAGGAAAAGGUUUUGGGACAGUUUUGGAGGAGAUUUCUGUUUUCAUAGGAAAUCAACAGUUCAGAGUAGUUGAUGUUACUGAGAAGAACCUCACUGUUCUUCUGACGGCUCUCCCAGCUGGACUUCAUUCUCUCAGCGUGGUGGUGAGAAGUAAAGGUCUGGCUCUAGGCACCGGGACCAUCAGCAGCCCUGCGGUGGCAUCUGUUUCACCAGCUUCUGGCAGCAUGGGUGGUGGAACUGCUCUGCUGAUCACAGGGAACGGCUUCUAUCCUGGCAACACUACAGUCACGGUUGGUGAAGACCCUUGUCAAAUUCUAUUUGUCAAUUCCAGUCAGAUCUACUGCAAGACACCAGCUGGGGAAGCUGGAGUGGCCAAUCUGAAGAUCUGGGUUAAUACAGUCAUCUACCCACCUUUGCCAUUCGCAUACACCUCAGAGGAUACUCCAUUGCUCAGAGGAAUCAUCCCAAAUAGAGGUCCCCCAGGAACUGAAAUUGAGAUCACUGGAUCCAACUUUGGUACUGAUAUCUCAGAAAUUUCAGUGAUGAUAAAUGACGUUCAGUGUAAUGUGACCAUGGUCAAUGACACUGUUCUACAGUGCCUUGUGGGAGCUCAUGAGGGAGGCGUUUUCCCUGUGAUGAUGCAUCAUAAGACAAGAGGGUCUGCCGUCUCCACUGUUGUAUUUGAGUAUCCUCUGCAGAUCCAAAACAUUCAUCCAAGACAAGGGAGCUUUGGUGGUGGCCAAACCAUGACUGUCAGAGGCACUGGGUUUAAUCCACAAAAUUCAAUUUUAUUGGUCUGUGGCUUGGAAUGUGUGAUUGACAGACUGAGAUCGAAUUCCACUGCACUAUUCUGUGAGAUUCCGCCUAAUAAAGGCCCAGGACCUGAGCAAGCCUGUGAAGUGAGAGUGGUCAAUGGGCAAGAUUCGUCGCCGUCCUCAACUCUGUUCAUAUACUCAAUGUCAGUGACUCCACUCAUCACUGAAGUGUUUCCCAGAAGAGGCAGCACAGCAGGAGGCACCAGACUGACAGUCAUGGGAUCAGGGUUCAGUGAAAACAUUCAGGUCACCAUUGCUGGAGCCAGGUGUGACAUUCAGUACUCCAACAAGACACACAUCAUCUGCUUGACAAGAGCCCAUACUCCUUCUGGAUGGGCCCCAGUACUUCUCCGUGACAGAAACAUGGGCAUGGCCAAACUGGAAAAUGUUGACUUCUUAUAUGUUGAUGUUUGGUCCUCCAACAACUCCUGGGGAGGGGUAUCUCCACCAGAGGAAGGGUCUCUUGCUGUUAUUACAAAAGGACAAAUCAUUUUACUAGACCAGAGUACCCCUAUUCUGAAAAUGUUGCUUAUUCAGGGAGGAACUCUAAUAUUUGAUGAAGCUGACAUUGAACUCCAAGCAGAAAAUAUUCUAAUUACAGAUGGAGGCAUUCUCCAGAUUGGAACAGAAGCAUCCCCAUUUCAGCACAAGGCCAUUAUUACCUUGCACGGGCAUCUGCGCUCUCCCGAGCUCCCGGUAUAUGGCGCCAAGACAUUGGCUGUACGAGAAGGAACCCUGGAUCUGCACGGUCUUCCUGUUCCUGUGGUGUGGACUCGCCUGGCUCAUACUGCAAAGGCAGGAGAACAGACCUUGAUUUUGCAGCAAGCAGUGACCUGGAAGGCAGGAGACAGCAUUGUAAUUGCAAGCACAGGUCACAGACAUAGUCAACGAGAGAAUGAAAAAAGGACCAUUGCCUCUGUUUCUGCUAAUGGAGUGAACAUCACACUAUCCAAGCCACUGAAUCACACACACUUAGGAAUCACCAUCACUCUCCCUGAUGGAACGCCAUUUGAAGCAAGGGCAGAAGUUGGAAUUCUUACAAGGAACAUCAUAAUAAGAGGAUCUAAUAAUGUAGAGUGGAAUAACAAAAUCCCAGCAUGUCCUGAGGGAUUUGAUACAGGUGAAUUUGCUACUCAGACAUGUCUCCAGGGUAAGUUUGGAGAAGAAAUAGGAAGUGACCAGUUUGGAGGCUGCAUUAUGUUUCAUGCUCCUUUGCCUAAUUCUGACAUGGUAACUGGAAGGAUAGAAUAUGUAGAGGUAUUCCAUGCUGGCCAGGCUUUCCGGUUGGGGAGAUAUCCUAUCCAUUGGCAUCUGCUCGGAGAUUUACAGUUUAAAUCCUAUGUCCGAGGCUGUGCGAUUCACCAGACCUAUAACAGAGCUGUUACUAUCCAUAACACACACCACCUUCUGGUUGAGAGGAAUAUUAUCUAUGAUAUCAAGGGAGGCGCAUUUUUUAUAGAAGAUGGUAUUGAACACGGAAAUAUUCUGCAAUAUAAUUUGGCAGUCUUUGUGCAGCAAAGCACCAGUCUUCUGAAUGAUGAUGUGACUCCAGCUGCAUUCUGGGUAACCAACCCAAAUAACACCAUACGCCACAAUGCAGCUGCUGGUGGCACUCACUUUGGCUUUUGGUACCGAAUGAACAACCAUCCUGAUGGACCAUCCUAUGACCGAAACAUCUGCCAAAAAAGAGUUCCUCUUGGAGAGUUCUUUAACAAUACUGUUCAUUCCCAAGGUUGGUUUGGACUAUGGAUCUUUGAAGAAUAUUUCCCCAUGCAGACAGGAUCCUGUACUUCCACAGUGCCGGUGCCUGCAAUCUUUCAUUCACUUACGACUUGGAAUUGUCAAAAAGGAGCCGAAUGGGUCAAUGGUGGUGCCCUUCAGUUCCAUAACUUUGUGAUGGUUAAUAACCACGAGGCUGGAAUUGAGACGAAGAGGAUUUUAGCUCCUUAUGUGGGAGGAUGGGGUGAAACCAAUGGAGCGAUGAUUAAAAAUGCCAAAAUUGUUGGUUAUCUUGAGGAACUGGGCCUAGGCUCUGACUUUUGCACCUCAAGAGGCCUUGUUCUCCCCUUUAGUGAAGGGUUGACGGUAUCUUCUGUGCACUUUAUGAACUUUGACCGUCCUACAUGUGUAGCUUUGGGAGUGACGUCUAUCACUGGAGUUUGCAAUGACAGAUGUGGAGGUUGGAGUACAAAAUUUGUUAACAUCCAGUAUUUUCACGCGCCAAAUAAGGCCGGCUUUAGAUGGGAGCACGAAGCACUACUGAUUGAUAUAGAUGGCUCACUCACAGGGCACAAAGGGUACACUGUCAUUCCACACAGCUCCUUGCUGGACCCUUCACAUUGCACACAAGAGGCCCAGUGGAGUGUUGGCUUCCCUGGGUCUGUGUGUGAUACCUCAGUCAGUUUCCAUCGCUUAGCAUUCAACAAGCCUUCUCCAGUAUCUCUACUUGAAAAGGAUGUGGUUCUCUCAGACUCUUUUGGCACUAGUGUGGUUCCCUUUCAGAAGAAACGACUGACUCAUAUGUCUGGAUGGAUGGCUCUGAUUCCAAAUGCAAAUCACAUUAACUGGUAUUUCAAAGGGGUGGAUCAUAUAACCAAUAUAUCAUACACAUCCACAUUCUAUGGAUUUAAGGAAGAAGACUAUGUAAUUAUAUCACACAACUUCACUCAAAAUCCUGAUAUGUUUAAUGUUAUUGAUAUGAGAAAUGGUUCUUCGAAUCCAUUGAAUUGGAAUACUAGCAAGAAUGGAGACUGGCAUCUUGAAACAAACACUAGCACACUGUAUUACUUGGUGUCAGGAAGAAGUGACCUUCAACAGAGUCAGCUCACUUCUGGGACUCUGGACCCUAAUGUGAAAGAUGUCAUUAUCAAUUUCCAAGCUUAUUGCUGUGUUCUUCAAGAUUGUUUUUCUGUACAUCCCUCCUCAAGAAAACCAGUUCCCAGGAAACGACCAACCACUUACAAUUUGUGGUCCAAUGAUUCCUUUUGGCAAUCAUCUCCAGAAAAUAAUUAUACUAUACCCCAUCCAGGAGCAAGUGUGAUUAUUCCUGAAGGAACCUGGAUUGUAGCUGACACAGAUUUGCCAUCAAUGGAAAGGCUCAUAGUUUGGGGUGUUCUAGAACUGGAAGAUAAAUCCAAAGUGGGCACAGCAGGGCCUUCUUACAGAAGAGUUGUUUUGAAUGCUACCUACAUAUCAGUGCAGGGAGGUAGAUUAAUCGGUGGCUGGGAAGAUAACCCUUUUAAAGGAGAAUUACAGAUUGUUCUUAGAGGAAAUCAUACUACUCCAGAAUGGGCUCUCCCAGAAGGACCAAAUCAAGGGGCAAAGGUCUUAGGGGUGUUUGGUGAGCUGGAUCUUCAUGGACUUCCUCGUUCAAUCUAUAAAACUAAACUGUCGGAAACUGCAGAGGCAGGUUCCAAGGUCCUAUCCCUGGUGGAUGCUGUGGAUUGGCAGGAGGGAGAAGAGAUUGUGAUAACCACCACAAGCUAUGAUCUCCACCAGACAGAAACUAGAAGUAUUGUUAAAAUCCUGCAUGGCCACAAAAUUCUCAUUCUCAAUGGUAGCCUUUCCUUCACUCACCUCGCUGAAAGAUACCAUGUCCCUGAAACAGAUCAGAGCUACACAUUAGCAGCUGAUGUUGGGAUACUGAGUAGGAACAUCAAAAUAAUUGGUGAAGAUUACCCAGGCUGGUCCAAGGACUCUUUUGGUGCACGUAUUUUGGUUGGCUCAUUCAUGGGGAAUAUGAUGACGUUUCAAGGAAAUGCAAGAAUAAGUAAUGUGGAAUUUUAUCAUAGUGGUCAGGAAGGCUUCCGAGACAGCACAGAUCCAAGAUAUGCUAUAACAUUUCUUAACCUAGGACAGGUCCAAGAACAUGGCUUGUCUUAUGUUCGAGGAUGCUCUUUUCACCAUGGCUUCUCCCCAGCAAUUGGCGUGUUUGGGACAGAUGGAUUGGAUAUAGAUGACAACAUCAUUCACUUUACAGUAGGGGAAGGCAUUAGAAUAUGGGGGAAUGCCAACAGAGUUCGAAGAAAUUUAGUUACACUUUCAGUUUGGCCAGGAACCUAUCAGAACAGAAAAGAUUUAAGUUCCAGUCUCUGGCAUGCAGCUAUUGAGAUAAAUAGAGGGACGAAUACAGUGCUACAAAAUAAUGUAGUUGCUGGAUUUGGAAGAGCAGGAUACCGCAUUGAUGGUGAACCAUGUUCAAGUCAAUCUAAUCCAAUGGAAGACUGGUUUGACAACGAAGCACAUGGGGGGUUAUAUGGUAUCUACAUGAACCAAGAUGGCCUUCCUGGAUGUUCUCUUAUACAGGGAUUUACCAUUUGGGCAUGCUGGGAUUAUGGAAUUUAUUUUCAGACCACAGAGAGUGUGCAUAUCUAUAAUGUAACCCUGGUGAACAACGGAAUGGCCAUUUUUUCUAUGAUCUACAUGCCAGCUGCUGUAUCUCACAAAAUUUCUAGUAAAAUAAUUAAGAUUAAGAACUCAUUAAUUGUUGGGAGUAGUCCUGAAUUUAAUUGCUCGGAUGUCCUAACUAAUGAUGAUCCCAAUAUUGAACUCACAGCUGCACAUCGGAGUUCUAGACAUCCAUCAGGUGGGAGAAGUGGAAUCUGUUGGCCUACCUUUGCUUCAGCUCAUAACCUGGCACCGCGGAAGCCUCACGCAGGGAUCAUGAGUUACAAUGCUAUCAGUGGUCUUUUGGAUGUCUCAGGCUCAACUUUUGUUGGAUUUAAGAAUGUUUGUUCAGGGGAAAGGAAUGUGAUAUUCAUUACUAAUCCUUUAAAUGAGGAUUUACAGCAUCCAGUCCAUGUGAAGAAGAUACAACUGGUUGAUUCCACUGAACAGUCCAAAAUAUUUAUACACAGGCCUGACAUUAGUAAAGUGAAUCCAUCUGAUUGUGUUGACAUGGUUUGUGAUGCCAAAAGGAAAUCUUUCCUUAGAGACAUGGAUGGCUCCUUUCUGGGGAAUUCUGGUUCAGUUAUACCUCAAGCAGAGUAUGAAUGGAAUGGAAACAAACAAUUAGGAAUUGGUGACUACAGAAUUCCAAAGGUGAUGCUCACAUUCUUGAAUGGAAGCAGAAUUCCAGUCACUGAGAAAGCCCCAUAUAAAGGAAUUAUUAGAGAUUCAACCUGUAAAUACAUUCCAGAGUGGCAGAGCUACCAGUGCUUUGGGCUGGAAUAUGCCAUGAUGGUUAUUGAAAGCCUGGACUCUGACACAGAAACACGAAGACUUUCACCAGUGGCAAUAGUGAGCAAUGGCUAUGUUGAUCUUAUUAAUGGACCACAGGAUCAUGGCUGGUGUGCUGGAUACACCUGCCAGAGAAGACUGUCCCUGUUUCAUAGCAUUGUGGCUCUAAACCAGUCUUACGAAAUUUACUUCACCGGUACCAGUCCUCAGAAUCUUCGGUUGAUGUUACUUAAUGUUGACCAAAAUAAGGCUGUUCUAGUGGGAAUUUUCUUUUCAACACUUCAGAGACUGGAUGUGUAUGUGAACAAUUCAUUGGUUUGUCCCAAACAUACAGUAUGGGAUACCCAAAAGAAACACUGUAAACUUAAUAGACAUCUGCGCACAGGGCAAUUUCUUCCUAACCUGGAUUCCACUGUUGGUGAAAACUACUUUGAUAAGACCUACCAGAUGCUUUACCUUUUGGUUAAAGGAACUAUACCCAUUGAGAUUCAUACUGCUACAGUCAUAUUUGUUUCUUUCCAAUUACCUGGUGUAACAGAAGAUGACUUUUACAUCUCACAGAAUCUAGUUCGAAAUCUUGCUUUGUUCCUAAAAAUACCAAGUGACAAAAUCCGUGUCACCAGAAUAAUAGGAGGAGAGAGUCUAAGAAGGAAGAGAUCCGUGAGACAUACAAUAGAAGUAGAGAUUGGAGAAGCUCCCACUCAGCUCCUACCCAAUGACACCACAGGUCAGAUGCAAUUAUCUGAACUCCAGGAAACUGCUGCUUCUCUUGGACAAGCUGUAAUUUUAGGAAAAAUCAGUAGUAUUCUUGGAUUUAAUGUUUCUUCCAUGUCUAUUACCACUCCUAUCCCUCGCCCAAGUGAUUCUGGCUGGACUAAGGUGACUGCCCAGCCAGUCGAGAGGUCUGCAUUUCCUGUCCACCAUGUGGCCUUUGUGUCCUCCCUCUUCGUGAUCACCCAGCCAGUGGCAGCACACCCAGGACAGCCAUUUUCUCAGCAGCCUUCAGUAAAAGCAACAGAUUCCAAUGGUAAUUGUAUAUCCGUUGGGAUUACUUCACUUACUUUGAAGGCUAUACUAAAAGAUGCCAAUAAUAACCAAGUCAGCGGCCUUAAUGGAAAUACAACAAUUCCAUUUAGCAGCUGUUGGGCCAACUAUACAGAUCUUACUCCUCUUAGAAUAGGAAAAAAUUAUAAAAUUGAAUUUCUCCUGGAUAACAAUAUUCGAGUAGAAUCCAGAGCUUUCAGUCUAACAGCACAGUCCAUCUCUGGUGGUGGUGGUGGCGGCAGCAGCAGCAGCAGCAGCAGCAGCAGUGGCAGCAGCAGCAGCCACAACGAAGCAUCAACUGUGCGUCCAUCUGCCCACAUACUGACCAUAGUUAUGAGUUGUCUGAUGGGAAGAGUUUUGCUCUUGGAAAUAUUUAUGGCCACGGUUUUUAUUCUGAACAUGAUUGCAGGAGACAACUAAAGUGUUCUUCCAAAGAACCAGCGGAAGGAAGAUUGCUUAUUUGUGAACUACUUUGUUGUGCAGCAAGAAACCUUCUAUAGCAUCUUCAAGAAAAUUUGCUAAAAUACUUUUAUAACAUUUAAAAUGUAUUAAUUACAAAAUAAGAUUUCAUCAAAAUACAAGCUUAUUUUGAUUCCUUA